ACUGAACUCUGUCUCUCACACACAUUCAUGCAUACACACUCUGACUUCACACUCACACUGGAAGUCAGCCAGCUGCCUCACAUGAAGCUCGACAGAGCCGAGAUCCUGCUGACUUUAUCCAUCACCUUUGGAUGUUCGCCUGCUUUCACUCAGCUCUCUCUAGGACUCUUUCUGCUCGAGAUGCUCUGUGAGUCAACAGACCGUGGAUGACCCGAUGCUGAGUGUUUGGGCUGUCCUUAUUUUGUUUGGUGAAGCAGCUGUUACUGUUACUGCAUGCAGGAGUAUUAACAUCGGAGCUGCCCGCAAUUUUGGAAGUGUUUUUCUCUGCCUUGUCCUUUGCCGGCACUCGAAGAGUGGAAGUGGAUGUCUGUUUUUUUGGUGCCAGAGUAGAGUGCUUACCUUGGGAUCUGAAGUUGAGGGGGUUAUGAUAAACUGCUGUGAGGGUAGGACACUUUGCACUGCAGCAUCAGGCUGGCAUCUCUUGUUCUGCGUUGGGGAUUUUUUUGGCUCUUGAGGUUGCACACACACAUUUCACAGCCAGCAGCAGCAGAGUGUGGCUGCAUUUUGUGUGCACUGAUGGGUCUUUAAGGACGGGCUCCCUGCCUGCUGAGGGAGAAUAGAUGCAGAUUUAGGGAAAACAGGAGGCACUCUUUGUUUGUGGAGACGAAGACGGGGCAAACAACUUCAGCAGUGAUAAAGAGAGUUGAUCACAGAAUAAUGGCUGUGUUGAACUGAACCCACGCCCUCCUCUUCUCAUCCCCUCCCGUCUAAACAUGAACUCUUCCUCUGAUGCGAACCAAAGCGGCUCUCCCCUGUUCUGCCUGCUGGGUGCUGUGGGUUACUCCCAUAGCCUGGAUACCUGUGUACUGGAGGUGGCUGUCAUCCUCUUCCUCACUGUGCUCAUCAUUACUGGCAACCUGGUGGUGAUCUUUGUCUUCCAUUGUGCCCCGCUGCUGCAUCACCACACCACCAGCCACUUCAUCCAGACUAUGGCCUAUGCCGACCUGUUGGUGGGCGUCAGCUGCCUGGUCCCCUCACUGUCCCUCCUCCAUUACCUCCGAAGCCUGAGCGAGGAGCUAACCUGUAAGGUGUUUGGCUACAUGGUUUCUGUGCUGAAGAGUGUCUCCAUGGCCUCGCUGGCAUGCAUCAGUGUGGACCGCUACAUCGCCAUCACCCGCCCGCUGUCAUAUGGCACGCUGGUGACACCAUGCCGGCUGAGGGUGUGCAUUAUCCUCAUCUGGGUUUACUCUGCUUUGAUAUUCCUGCCUUCCUUCUUCGGGUGGGGGAAGCCGGGUUACCAUGGGGACAUAUUUCAGUGGUGCGCGGUCUCCUGGAAAACGAAGCCGGGGUUCAGCACCUUCAUUGUAGCGCUGCUCUAUGCACCAGCAGCACUCACCGUCUGCUUUACCUAUGGCAGUAUAUUCAGGAUCUGCCGGCAACACACGAGGGAGAUCUCCCAGCGCCAUGCUCGCUUCAGCGCGCAGAUGGAGGGUGAUAAAGGUGAACGUGGGGAGCGGUGUGAGGGCUGCCCAGACAAACACUAUGCCGUGGUGCUGUUCCGCAUCACCAGUGUCUUUUAUGUGCUAUGGAUGCCCUACAUCCUCUACUUCCUCCUGGAGAGCGCUGGGUUGUACCACCACAAUGUGGCGUCCUUCCUUACAACAUGGUUGGCAAUUAGCAACAGCUUCUGUAACUGUCUCAUCUACAGUCUCUCCAACAGCGUCUUCCGAAAAGGUCUCGGCCGCCUCUUUAGCCCAUUGAUUCCUUCCUGCCUCAGCUGCACAGGCGCCAAAAAGGUUCCGGCUCCUGUCGGCCCGCAUCCAGACCCUCGAUGCCAAGUAUAAACCCUGGAUUCAGUUUGGUCACUUUGGAGGUGUCCUCCUCCUGUGUGGGUUUUGCUCUCAGCUGCUUAACAUGACACAGGUGUUUCUGGUCCCACAGUGAAUAUGAUGAGGACCCCCUGCACGGAGCACGGAAAGGUGCCCGUGCAGACGCUGGUCAGCCGUCUCAAAGGCUGAUUUUGUGGAAAUCUGAAAUUUCCUCUGGGUCUUUCUCAAAUGCUCUUCUGUGGGGUGCUGCUAUUUGAUGGCUGCAAGCUGAUGACACAGAGUAAAGACAUUUGAAGAAAGUGGACUGCAGGAAGAAGAUUGAUGUGUGUCAGUUUGAAGGGUUUAAUGAGCGCUCUUGGCUGCACUGACUUACAAACACCCAGAUGCAAAAAAGGAAAGCACAGCGCGACCUUUGCUGUGUAAUCCCGUGAAAUGCAAAAAAUGUUUGAAGUUCUUCCGAGCCUGACUGAACAGUCAGCAAACCGUCUUCUUUCUUUCAGGUUGAAUUAGGUGUUGCAAAAAAUGUUGGACACUUGAAACAAGUACCGAUUUCUUUUCUUUAGGGAACUCCAGAUGCUAAUGACUUAAUGAUUGUGUGAAAAAUCAUUUGCUAAGUAAUCACCUGUGAUUCAGCCUUGUAUGAAUUAAAAAUGUGUAUCAAAUGGACUUUGAGCUCAUUUCACCAAGAGAAGACUGAGGUUUCUGUCUUUUAUCAGAAGGACUUUUUUCUUUCGAGGUGGGCAGCUCCAAGUAUGUUUACACAGCCUUGGGUUUCACAUGAAAAUUAGCUUUACUUUCUAAGGUGACUCCUGGGCUGAGAAGACUUCUUGCCAGUAGCGAAUGGUGCGUCCUCAUCAGAGACGACUUGUAUUUAUUUUAGGUUUAUCAGCACUUCUUUAAGUCUCUGGGCUGGUAAAUCACGUAGUGUCAUGAGAUAAUCACCCUCUGACUCGUGCAGUCGAGGUCAGUGUUGAUAGUGAAUCUGCAGUCUCGCGCUGCUUUGGUGCAGAGACUAACUUCAUUGUAAUGUGUAGCUUCACUGCUUGCUCGUGCAUCGUCUUAGCCCUCCAGCAGCUGCUAGCUGUUUGGAUCAGUGUAAAGUGGACAAACAGAGCUAUGGCUGCUCUUCACGAGCCCGACCUCAAAGUGAAGAGGGUCAAAGCACUUUACUGAGAACCAGUGAGAGGUUGUGGCUUUCUGGCUUUAUGUAAAUACACUGAAGUUUAAAUAUUUCAACGGUGGCUAACUGGGCCCCUUAGGGUUUUUUUUUGCCAUAUCUCUAGGAUUAUAAGUGAUUUUGUGAUAUGUGUUUAAAGAUGAUUUAUUUGUGACAGCCAGUAGGUCUGACAUGCUGCACUUGAGACUGAACCUGUUUUUUACGGUGCUGACAUGUUUCUUACUACGUAUACAGUUUGAAGAUUUAAGAUUUAACAGGUAGAGUUUGGUUUUAAAGUCACAGUGAAAUUUCUGAAAGCGUCUUGCUUCUGAAUGUCACAUGAUUGUGGUUUAAAAAAGGCAAAGGGAACAGAGAGAAACUGAAUGGGUAGUUUUCAGAAAGAUUGUGCUGUAACAGUGUGUGGCCAAAAGUGUUUGGACACUCUUUGUCUGGGCUUCAUGGUUUGGCCAGGCUGGUUCCAGUAAAAAUACAUCUUAAAUGGCAUUUUGAGAAGAUUAUUCCCCAAAUGUAAAAUGCAGUAACGGCAUAUUUGGUCAAAAUUUAAACAUGUUACCACUCCAAACGGUCCACAGUUUGUGUCCAUGAGUGUGGUAACCUCCUUGGUUUAUCUAAUGUUUACUCCAAUAAACACUGUUGUAAAUGCACCAGACAUAGCCAAGAUGCUAAUGAACCUGCUGCCCCAGUCAUCGAGAAGCAGCCAGCUAUAUUCAGCCAUGACAGACAAAACCAUGUUUUAUGUCAGUGUAAGUUUGAAAGCUGCAGUUGCUAUGAUGUUGCCAGUGUCUUGGCAUUUUUCCCAAGUAGACACAAAUGUGCAUUUUGACCCCAGGGAUUCAGAGGUCAGACUAAGAUCAGGGCUCAGGGAUUUUACUGGAGGACAUUUCCAGUCACACCAGCUGCUGCCAGGGAGAUCUAAACUCCCACAGACCCUGGUGCCCUCACCACGUUCUAUUUGUGUAACAUUUUCUAUGUAGCAGUAUGUGUACGUGCACUGUAUCUGCUAUGGAAAUGUAACUUCCUGCACAGUGUUCACUUGUUCGGUCCCUUCUUGAUUUGACGUGGACAGACUGUCUACAUGAUUUCUGGUUCAGUGUGGACCAGUGUAGCUGUCUCAUGAUGCUACUGAGAGCAAGUCACUGACUGAACUCCUUGUCUUAGUAUCUUACUGUUGUGUAACACAGAUGGUUUAUUAUGUGUUUUUAAUGAGGGCAUAGCUUUCCUGUUUGCUACGGUUCACAUCAGAAACCCUCCUGGCCUGCCUGUGGUCUUCUCCUGCCACUGUGGGGGCAAAAUGACGCACAUCUGUAAAGAUUUAUACAUUUAUAAGGAGCUUAAAACGGUGACGACCGUUUGAUAUGAAGUUACACAAUCAGUGCUUGAUAGAUUCCAGGAGCUGAAGCAUCAAAAGUCAUUUGUAGUUGUGCUUUAUUUUUCCUUGAUGCUGCUCAACGCUGGGAGUCAGUGCAAUACAAGUGUUUUAACCUCCAAA